AUGGCUGCGCCAGGUGUCCAGUCUCUGAAGUGUGUGGUGACUGGUGACGGUGCUGUCGGUAAGACAUGUCUCCUCAUCUCAUACACGACAAACGCUUUCCCCGGCGAAUACAUUCCCACCGUCUUCGACAACUACUCCGCCAGUGUGAUGGUCGAUGGCAAGCCGAUUAGCUUGGGAUUGUGGGAUACCGCUGGUCAGGAGGAUUACGAUCGCUUGCGGCCGCUGUCGUACCCUCAGACGGAUGUCUUUUUGAUCUGCUUCUCCAUCGUCAGCCCUCCCUCGUUUGACAACGUCAAGGCCAAGUGGUUCCCCGAGAUCGACCACCACGCCCCGAACGUUCCUAUCAUUCUUGUCGGCACCAAGCUGGAUCUGCGUGAGGACCCGGCCACUCUUGAGAGCUUGCGCUCAAAGCGCAUGGAGCCUGUCUCCUUUGACCAGGCUCUUGUGUGUGCCAAGGAGAUCCGCGCCCACAAGUACCUUGAGUGCUCUGCUCUCACCCAGAGAAAUCUCAAGAGUGUUUUUGACGAGGCUAUUCGUGCUGUCCUGAACCCUAGACCUGUUCAGACGAAGGCCAAGAAAUCGAAGUGCGUCAUUCUAUAA